GUUACCUUUGAUUACGAGGACAAAAAAAUGUAUGCUUCAGAUUGCCGUUACCGAGGCUACAUCUUACUUCUAGUUCUAUUUUAUUCACUUGUGUUUGAUUUAGCUUCAAAAAUAGACAUUUCUGAUGAUGUAAGAGGCAACCAAACCGACAGUAACUGGAAACGUUUUCUCUCUAAUUCCAAUCAACAUGGCAAAGAAUAUACUAGUUGUAUAAGUGUAGGUGCUGAAAUUCCAAAGCUGUAUCUUUUUUGUGAUGAAUCACCUAAAGACAUUAUUACAAAGAUCAAUUUUGCUGAUUAUGGAAAUCCUAUCAGUGGUUGUAAAGACAAUAGACACGGCAAUUGCAGCGCACCAGCUGCCUUGAGGGUGGUCAAAAAGAAUUGUCUUGGAAAACUCAAGUGUGAGCUUAAGAAUUCGGACGAGAUGUUUGGUCCGAGUCACUGCAAAAAAGAUAUUAAGCUCACUGUUGAAUAUACUUGCACAAAAUCUUAGGUUUUUAAGUUUCUCCUUAAUUAAGGAUUUAAAAAUAAUUUUGGUUUGUUUCGUUAUAUGAUCAUGUUCUUGUUGAUUAUUAAAGGAGCAUUUCAGAUAUAUUUUUUUAUUUGUUAUUUUGUAACAAAGGUUGAUGUGUAGAACCACAAAAUUUCUGAUU